UAAUGGAGGAUCAAACGCGGUGUUAUGCCUUUUGCCGAUUCACCGCGUUGGUAUAAAUUUCUCUGCCUCGUUAGAGUAUUAUUCAAAUCCCAAUAUCUUGCUAGCUUUUCACAGAUUAUUGCAGCCAUGGCUAUUCAAGUUUCAUCCCAUAGCUUCACUGGCAAACCCAAAUACAGAUUUGACGUUUUCCUAAGUUUCAGGGGUGAAGAUACUCGCCACCUCUUCACUGUGCCUCUCUACAAUGCUUUGCGACGCAAGGGAAUCAAUGCCUUCAUUGACGACAAGAAGCUUGGCAAAGGGGAACGGAUCGCACCUGCGCUUCUUAAAGCCAUUGAGAGAUCAAGGAUCUCCAUUAUUGUGUUCUCUAAGAACUACGCUACUUCUACAUGGUGCUUGGAUGAACUUGCUCACAUCAUUUGGUGUAAGAAGGAGAAGAACCAGGUGGUUAUGCCCAUCUUUUACAAGGUGGCUCCCAUGGCUGUUCAGUAUCAGAGAGACAGUUUUGCAGCAGCCAUGGCUGCUCAUGAAGAUAGGUUUAGAGAUGACAUGGAUAAAGUGCAGAAACGGAGAUCUGCUUUGUCUGAAGCUGCUUCUGUGUCAAAGGCCUGGCUUUUUGAAGAUGGGUACGAAAUUGGGUUUAUGGAAAAGAUUGUUAAUGAUGCUUGUGCUAUGCUGCCUCCUAAAAAAUUAUAUAACAUUGGGUACAUGGUUGGACUUGAGCCUCGGGUGGAAGAAGUGACUUCACUUUUAAAUCAAUCCGAUGAUAGAGUUUGUAUGCUGGGGAUUCAUGGAAUUGGUGGAAUUGGCAAGACAACCGUUGCAAAAUUGGUCUAUAAUUCAAUCUUCUACCAAUUUGACGGUGCUUGUUUUUUGUUUGAUGUUGAAGAAGCAUCAAGGAAAUAUCUAGGCAUGGUUCGUCUCCAACAAAAACUUCUAUCAGAGAUUCUUGAAGAGAAGACUAUGAGGAUUGGGAGUGUUGGUGAAGGAAUAUCAAGAAUAAAACAUAGACUUUCUCACAAAAAGGUUCUUUUGGUUCUUGAUGCUGUUGAUGAGAUUGAACAGUUAGAACAACUUGCAGGCGGCUGA